GGCUCGUGUCCUUCCCGAACCAAAAUGGCCAACCUGUCGAUGAACGAUGUUGCCGAUUCAUGGAAAAAAUUCGCAAAAAUGUCGGCGACGACUUUCUCUAGAGCUAAACAGCUCACGGAAGAGAAAUUAAAUCGUGCCGAGAGGACUGAAUUUGACGCUCAUUUCGAGAAUUUAGUCGCCAGGGCUGAAAAAACACGAGAUUGUACGGCGAAAAUUACAGCACGGACUUCAGCAUUGAUUCAGCCAAAUCCUAAUGCUCGUGUUGAGGAUGUCAUGUAUCAAGCACUUGAUGGCAAAAAGAAAGAAAGACAGACAAAUUAUGAACUCUUAGGACAAUGUAUGUUUGACUCUGGCAAUGACCUUGGUCCUGGGACAGCAUAUGGUGGCUCUCUUGUGGAAUGUGGUAAAUCAAUGAGAAAAAUUGGACAAGCAGAACGAGAUCUUCUUGAAAAAACUGUUUCAAGAUUUAUGAAUCCACUUCAGAAUUACCUUCAAACUGACAUCAAAACAAUCAUGAAGGAGAAACGUGUGCUGUUGGCAAAACGACUUGACUUAGAUGCUUGCAGGACUAGAGUAAAAAAGGCAGAAAAUCAGCCACCUGAAAAAGUUCAACAACUUGAAGCAGAUUUAAGAGUUGCUCAGGCAGAAUUUGACAGACAAUAUGAAGUGACAAAAUUAUUGUUAGAUGGUGUUACUACUGCUCAGAACAGUCAUUUAAUUGCUCUGCAAAGUUUUGUCGAGGCACAAGCACAAUACUUUGAUCAAUGUCAUAAAACUAUGCUAGAAUUACAAAGGCACAUUCAGAGUGGUACUGGUGCAACUGGUCGCAGUUCAUCCUCCUUUGGUGGUAUUAGUAAACCUCCACCAUACAAUAUUUCUAAGCCUUCUACAACAUUUGAUAUAAAUACAGUGACUAGACCAAGUGUCACUCACAAGGCUAAAGUAAUGUAUGAUUAUGAUGCAACUGAAGAUGAUGAACUAUCUUUAUUGGCUGAUGAGGUGAUUAUUGUGUAUACAGUGUCAGGUCUUGACAAUGACUGGAUGAUUGCUGAACGAGGAACACAGAAAGGACGUGUACCAAUAACAUAUAUAGAACUCUUGCCUUAAUUAAAUAACAUAUUUAAAUCAAUUAUUUCAAUAUUAACAAACUGUAGCCGGCUUUUGAACCAUCAUACAUACCCAUAGGACAGCAAGCAUGACAGCUUGUUAGAAAUACUUUCCAAACUUAUUAAGAAGACCAUGCAUUAGUUUUUACGAAAACAAAACUGCAAUGAAAUUCAUAUUUGUAGGGAAAUACACUUUUGUUUUGUUGAAUUUUGCCGAGAAUAUUAAAAUAUCGUUCACUCGAUAUCGUGUCACUAAAAUAUUAAUUCAACAUUAAUUGUUUUUUCGUUUAUUGUUUUGUGUCCGCAAUCUCUCAAGGGUUAAUGAGUUUGGGAAAUGUUUCGAGAAUUCACUACAACUGAUGUUUCAUAUAUUAACGCGAAAAUUGGGAACUGCAUAAAGUAAGCACGUAACUCUGGGACUUAAUUGUUGAAUUAUAUUUAAUAUAGAUGGCUUCUUGACGUCAUAACUCCGUCUAUUCGUGCAAUGAGUCAUGAAUAGCGGAACUUUAAGUCUGCUCUGACGUCUAGUGGAAGCCAUUUACUAGUAUUUUUUCACAACUAUUAUAACAAUGAAAAGCUGUGACCAAGGAUAUUAUAUUUAUUCGCUUUCUUAAAACGAGCUUUAGUGGCGUACUUAUGAUGGCUGCGUAAAGAUAUUGUUUUAUAUAUAUUUGCAUAAUUUGCGCAUAUAACGAC